CAGAUCGUCUGCUUCUGCUAUUUGCUGUUGAUAAAAUAAUGGUUGUUUACUCAUCGUCAAUUCCAAUUCGUCGUUCACGCGCGCGCUUCUUGCUUUCUUAUCAUCAUAUCGUAUCAUCAUAGAUAUAUCAUACACAUGCAAAUGAAACCCUGUGCAAGAAGUAUACCGAUUUUCUCUCACUUUCCUUCAGUCUGUAACGUUAGUUUUUCAACUCCAAAGUUCCUCUCUCUGACUCUUUGUCUCGUCUCGUAGUGCUAGAUUUCAAUUAAGUGUACAAAUAAGUAGUGUCAUCGUGUGACAUGCACCUAAACAAUGACGACGGACCCGUCGGCCCACAUCAACGUCCUCAUCAACUCCUGUAUAAGUGGCAGCAACAGCGGAGACGAGAAUGACGAGCAGAGACUCGUAACUGGACGUUCUCCAGUCGUCGCCAGGAAUUCUCCCAGGAACAACUUCCCCUCGUACUCCAACCAGGAUGUCAGAGUCAGGUUUCGGAAUGCUGAUUACCCUGGAAGUGGGUCGUUCAGUAAUAUCAUCGAAAACGUGUUUACGCGACAGUCGAUAAGGAACUACCUGGACGACAUCCAUCCUGGAGCUACGAAUUUUCUGUCCAGCAACUACGAGAGUCUGGAUUAUGACACUUGCGAGAACAAUUUGCUGUUGGAUGAGGAGAGGAACAAGGGCUACAAGUUUGUAGUGAAGAAGAAUCUGGCAAGAUGGUUUAUUUUUCUAGUUAUUGGUAUACUGACUGCCUUGAUAGCCUGCUUUGUAGAUAUUUCCAUAGAAGAGCUGUCAAGCAGAAAAUAUGGAUUUCUCAAGCAAUUGGUAGACAACUGUAUAAAUAGUAAAGGAGAUUGCUUAUGGAUUCCAUAUGUAGGGUGGACCAUUUUAAAUAUGGUCCCUGUGUUGAUUGGUACAUUAUUAGUUACUUUUGUUGAGCCUGUGGCCACUGGCAGCGGUAUUCCGCAAGUCAAAUGUUAUCUCAAUGGUAUUAAAAUUCCAAGAGUAGUAAGGAUUAAGACUCUAGCUGUCAAGAUUAUUGGUGUAAUAGGGACUGUUGUAGGUGGAUUAGCUGGUGGAAAAGAAGGACCUAUGAUACAUGCUGGAGCAGUCGUGGCUGCUGGUGUUUCGCAGGGAAAGAGUACAACGUUCAAAAAAGACAUAGGAAUUUUUAAAUAUUUUAGAGAAGACCAUGAAAAAAGAGAUUUUGUAUCGGGUGGUGCAGCAGCUGGAGUAUCUGCUGCUUUUGGCGCGCCGAUCGGAGGUGUGCUGUUUAGUAUUGAAGAGGGCACGAGUUUCUUCAACCAAAGCCUGACAUGGAGAACUUUUCUAGCUAGUAUGAUAAGCACUUUUACCCUUAAUAUUGUCCUCAGUGCCUACCACGGUCGCCCUGGAGACUUGUCUUAUCCAGGUCUCCUGAAUUUAGGAAAGUUUGAAACAAUCUGCUAUCAAAUUUAUGAAAUUCCAUUGUUUGUAUUCGUUGGAUGUCUAGGAGGAGUGCUUGGCGCUCUUUGGAACUACUUAAAUUAUAAGAUAUCUGUUUUUCGACAAAAAUACUUGAAAUCCAAGUGGUUAAAGGUUUCCGAGGCGCUUAGUAUAGCCAUAAUGAGUGCUACCAUGGGUUUCCUCAUGAUGUUCUUUAUUGAUGAUUGUAAGCCAUUAGGUGACAAAGAUGUCCCGAAAAUUCCUGUACAGAUGUAUUGUCCUAAAGACCAUUACAGUGCUGUUGCAGCUUUGUGGUUCCAGACACCAGAGAGUAUCGUUCGUUCACUUCUUCAUGAUAAAUUAGGAUCUCACAAUAAUGCAACGUUGGCAGUUUUUGUGAUUUUAUAUUUUUUCCUUGCUGCCAUAACAUUUGGAGUAUCUAUGUCUGGUGGACUUUUUAUUCCAUCUUUAUUGAUUGGAUCUGCAUGGGGUAGACUUUUUGGUUCAAGUUUAUCACAUUUUUAUCCUGAUGUAUUUCCUGAUCCUGGAAAGUAUGCUUUCCUUGGUGCUGCAGCUCAACUCGGAGGAGUUGUAAGAAUGACGAUUAGUUUGACAGCCAUUCUAAUAGAAUCUACCCAAGGGAUUUCAUUUGGUCUGCCAGUUAUCAUCGUUUUGACUAUGGCAAAGUGGGUGGGCGAUUUCUUUAACGAGGGCAUUUAUGAAAUUCACAUUCAAAUGGCUGGCAUACCACUUUUACCAUGGGAACCGCCACCCUUAUCGAAUAAUAUUUAUGCCAGCGAAAUAAUGAGCCACCCCGUGGUGACGUUAAAAACGACAGAAAACGUGGGUCAUAUAUUAGAAAUGUUAAGGUGCGUUUCUUUUAAUGGUUUCCCAGUCGUUGAUCCUCCAAAAAGUGAUCAGAGUGAAGUAAGUAAUUACGGAAAACUGCGCGGUAUGAUUCUGCGCUCGCAGCUGAUAGUAUUGUUGCAAAAUAAAGUAUUUAACGAGUACGAAGAAAAUUGGGAAAAGGAUUUGAGCAUAAAGAUGUUUAGGAAGGAAUAUCCGCGAUAUCCAACUGUCGCCAAGGUUAUCGUUACGGAAAGAGAAAAAACCUUUACUAUUGAUCUCAGACCUUUCAUGAAUCCGUCGCCUUACACGCUGAAACACUCUGCAACAUUACCUAGAGCGUUCAGGUUGUUCAGAGCCCUGGGCUUACGCCACUUACCAGUUGUUAAUGAUAUUAACGAAGUUAUUGGAAUGAUAACAAGAGUAGACGUCGCGCGAUACCGUAUUUGGAAGCAUUUUGGACGAAUGGGUCUCAGCGAACUCUCGAUAACGAAUAAAAUUUAGUCAAGAAUGUGUUAUUUCCCUUCUCACUCAAACGACUCACGAAUUAAUUGAUUCAAUGUUCGUUGAUCAUGAUAUUUUUAUACAAUUGAGAAAUCGUGCGUUGCGAAAAGUUUUUUUUUUAUAUUUAUUUUACA